UUUGAGAGAGAUAACGUCGAAAGUAUUUAACUCAGGACAAAACCUAACCAUAAAAAUAUUUGCAACACUUUUUUUUUAUUUACAAACCAAGAAAAAACAACCGACCCUGUCAAAAAUUAGAUUUUCUUGAACAGGCAAUAUUAAGUCCCAGAUUAUAUCGCAACAGAAAAGCUUGUUUUGUAGUCUAAAAAGGUAAUACCAAAGACUUCUUAUAUAUAUAUAGAAACAUCUACAGAGAUUGUAUUCAGGGCCCCAAAGUUAAACCUCUAGAGCAAAUCAAAACAAUUAAAGCAAAAUGAUAUUCCCAGUUGGACUUUUGAAUAACAGUGGUGACGUUCCAUUGCGUGCUUCACAACUUAAAACCAGGUACCAAGGUUUUACCACUACAAACUUAUUAACCAUGAAGGUUGGUGUAUUCAAAUUCUUGAAUCGUUUAGUCUAUGGUACCAAAAGAUAUUUAGAACUAUUCCCACCAAUGAGUGCUUCCACUAUUAAGAACAUCAACAAUAGCAAAUUUCAGAACUUCUUCCCUGUUCUUUGUGCUGCUGAUGAUUUAGAUUUAGGGUUUGGAAAUUCUGAUCAAAUUGAGUUCUUUGACAAUAUGGUCAAUGACCAUAACAACGGAAAGCCUAACGCCAACACUUUCCACUACGAUUUUACCAAUGCUAACCACAUGCAUGGUAAUUCUAUGAAUCAGCUUCCAAUGUUUGAUGAUUUUAUUGAAGCCCACAACUAUAACCACUAUGCACCAAAACCUACUAUACCCGAUUUUGAAAGUGGACGUACCAACCCAUUACUGCAAACUUUGGCUCAUCCCCAACUCAGUUAUGCCCAAUAUGGUGAUUUCGGAAUUAUGCCAACUAGAUCAUUGCUUCCAACUACCAAUGACAACCAUCGUCGUGCUGAGAUCAUGGAUACUCCAUAUUUCGAAGACUUUGCCCCAGCUAGAAGGACGACUACUCAACAAUCAUAUUUGGCUUCAACUGCUUCAAUUUCUUCCACCGAGUCCAUGAGUCCUUUGAGUGAUGAUUUAUUCCCUAAGUAUGACGAUGUUCAAGAAUCAGGGCAAACCUCAUCUGAUGAUGAAUCUUCCUUAUUCAAUAGAAAACGUGCAGUUGAAUCAUCUCCAAGCAGUUCUGAGUUUUCGGAUAUUUCUGUUUCUCAAAAGAAGAAGCACACUAAGAAGGCUAAUAAGAUUCAAAAGCCUCAAACCAAGAAAUCAAAGAUUGUAAUUUAUAAUGAAGAUGAUGAACCUACUAUUGUUACUACUACAACCACCACUACCAAUAACACUGUUGUUCGCAAAAAGACCUAUGCAACCAAAGACGGAUCUAUUGAUAACACUUUUGAAUGUCCUCAUUGUGAUGCAACUUUUAAAGUUAAGGGUUAUUUAACUCGUCAUUUAAAGAAGCAUAACUCCACCAAGGCAUUUGUUUGUCCAUUCUAUCAAGAACCAACCAAGGGUAACUCAGGAACCAAAUGUCAUCCAACUGGUGGAUUUAGCAGAAGAGAUACUUUUAAAACCCACUUGAAAGCAUUACAUUUCAUCUACCCUCCAGGCACUAAAUCUAAUGAAAGAAAUAACUUUAGCGGUAGAUGUGCUGGAUGUUUCCAACAUUUUGAAAACAACCAUUUAUGGUUAGAAACUCAUAUUGAAGCAAACAAAUGUCUGGGAACAGUUCAAUGUAAAGAGCUGGACCCAGAGACUACACACGGCCAUGAUAAUGAAAUGUCGUAUUACUCUAUCAAGAGUGAAUACGGGCAAGAAAUGAACAGUCACGCAUCUCAUUAUAUCAAAAAUGAGAUCCAUGACAUCCUUGACUAAUCUAUUUAUUUCUUCAAACAAUCCCCCUUCAUUUCUUCUUAUUUUUCAUUUCAUUUAAUUGUUCAUUUCUUUGCAUUUUCUACGAUGUUGUUUAGAAGUUUGACUUUUGAAGUUCAGGUGGCUUUAUAUACUCAGACUUUCGAUGCAACAUUAGGUUACGUUUUGUUAUUUAUUUGGCUUGGUGUUGUUCCAUAAAAUUGUUAUUGCUUACAAUCGAAGGUUGGUUGAAGGUGAUCACUUCUUUGGUUAUGUUGAUGCAUUUGGUUAACUUAUUUCUCAGUAAAAUCUUUUUGAAACUUAACACAUAAACUCUUUAGAAUUUUUAUUAUGUUGUGUAUAUAUUGUUACGAGUAAAUUUGUAAAACGUUAAAUUUG